CCGAUCUCUUGGUGAAUAUGACAAAGCUAAAAAAUAUCUUGAGAAAGCACUUGCCAUGAAAAUACAAAUCGGCGACAAAGAGGGAGAAGCAGCAAGUUACGGAAACUUAGGAACUGUGUUUCAAUCUCUUGGUGAAUAUGACAAAGCUAAAGAUUAUCUUGAGAAAGCACUUGCCAUCGGAUUACAAAUUGGUGACAAGAAGGGAGAAGCAGCAGACUACGGAAACUUAGGAACUGUGUUCCUAUCUCUUGGUGAAUAUGACAAAGCUAAAGAACAUAUUGAGAAAGCACUGGCCAUCAGAUUACAAAUUGGUGACAAAAAGGGAGUAGCAGCAGAUUACGGAAACUUCGGAACUGUGUUCCGAUCUGUUGGUGAAUAUGACAAAGCUAAAAAAUAUCUUGAGAAAGCACUUACCAUGACAAUACAAAUCGGCAACAAAGAGGGAGAAGCAGCAAGUUACGGAAACUUAGGAACUGUGUUUAAAUCUCUUGGUUAAUAUGACAAAGCUAAAGAACAUUUUGAAAAAGCACUUGCCAUCAGAAUACAAAUUGGUGACAAGGAGGGAGAAGCAGCAGAUUACGGAAACUUAGGAACUGUGUUUCAAUCUCUUGGUGAAUAUGACAAAGCUAAAAAAUAUCUUGAGAAAGCACUUGCCAUCAGAUUACAAAUUGGUGACAAAAAGGGAGUAGCAGCAGAUUACGGAAACUUAGGAACUGUGUUCCUAUCUCUUGGUGAAUAUGACAAAGCUAAAAAAUAUCUUGAGAAAGCACUUGCCAUGAGCAUACAAAUCGGCGACAAACAGGGGGAAGCAGCAGCUUACGGAAACUUAGGAACUGCCUUCUGAUCUCUUGGUGAAUGUGAGAAUGCUAAAGAUUAUCUUGAGAAAGCACUUGCCAUCAGAUUACAAAUUGGUGACAAGAAGGGCGAAGCAGCAGAUUACGGAAACUUAGGAGCGUUGUAUCAAUCUGUUGGUGAAUAUGUCAUGGCUGAAGAUUAUAUUGAGAGGGCACUGUCAAUUACUCGAGACAUCGAGGACUUAUACAAAGAGUUGCAAAUUCUUUGUCUUCUUACAGUGGUGAAGUUAUGCCAAUACAAGAUCCAGGAAGCGUUUGACU